UCAUCUCUAACUCGGUGGCCUGGUCCUGAAUGAAGACUUUCUACAAUUCAAUUUUAUGCUGGUUUUACCCAACGACAUAUCUACGGUCCUUGUUGCUUGUUGAAGUCACAAGUGUUCCUGUCGCUCCGCGCCCACAGUAGCAUUUACACCUGUUGGAACACUUUUGACUCAUGAAGUCAACAGCCGACACUUUAGGAUUCAUGUGAAAAGCUAAAAUGUUGAAUUAUUGAACAUGGCCCAAACUUCAGGACCUCCCGGGACAAUACCCGAAGAUUCUGAGGAUUCGUUUGAAGCCGCUUAUUCAGAUCUUGACGAUCCCAGUAAUCAAAGGUUAAUGGCCAUGUCAAACAUUCACGUGGUUCAUCAACGACGAGGAAAGCCUGAGCAAAGGGCCCUGCUUCUUUGUCAUUUCUUUUUCAAAUUUCUGGCCUUGAUGAUCUAUUUAUUCUCUGGACUUUGGGGUUUGGGCUACAUCACCACCUUCGUGAUCGUGGUUAUGCUCUUAAGCAUCGACUUUUGGUUGGUGAAGAACUUGAGUGGUCGCCUCUUGGCUGGUCUUCGUUGGUGGAGCGUCACCGACGAUUUGGGCCAAAUGCAUUGGAGGUUCGAAGGAUGGACCCCUGAGGAACGCCAAAUCGCAUAUAAGAGCCAGGUCCAUCUCUUCUGGAUGGGCAUAAUUGCUCAACAAACCAUAUGGACCAUCCUUUUGCUCUCGGCCUUGUUUGGCCUCAAACUAGCCUGGAUGGUGAUUGGAUCCAUUGCGUUCUCAUUGAACGGGGCUAAUGUGUUCGGCUAUAUUCGAUGUCGACUAAAUCAGCGAAACCAAGAAGCUGGAUUCUUAUCCCGAAUCAGAGAUUCCGUUGUCAGACUCUUUAAGCCCAGUGGGUACAUGAAGGGUGAGCCUAUUUACACCGGGUAGGCAGUCAACUUACCACAUACGAUGGGAACGGCAAAAAGGUCCGGUGCUUGCCCGCUAUGAGCCAUCCAUCCAAUUCAUGGGGAGAGUACCCACACGAUAUACUUCCACGGACCCCUUCGUUAUGCUCUGAAACAAUGUUGAAAAGUUGAUGUUUGUACUGACUUGCUAUGAUUAUAUUUUAAAAUUUGGCUUUAAUAUAUUCACCUGGUAUCUUGG